AUGUUGGGUGAUGACGACAUGCGAGUUAUAUUUCAUAGUCAAUCAAGAUUUCCCGACUUAGGCGCGCUGGAGUUGUUUGUCAGAAUGGUUGACGUGGAGAGCAGUAGCGGGGGGACUGCUCCGAAUCUGCCCACUGGCGUCAUAGAAGGAACUUCCACCGCCGUUCCAACAGGGCAACCGGUGACUCCACUUGUUUUGUCCCCAUCUUUUGCUGCUGAUUUGCCUGUCUCGGGUGAUGACUUGGGUGAUGGGCGUAGCUUCGACCAGCUUGCAGCUGCGAUGGGAGUUGAUCCUGUAGUGGACGGUGCACCCGCAUUCAUGGAGGUAAGAGAGAGAGAUCCGUUUGUGGAGGCUAUAGGUGAUGAUGGGUCAGAUUCGGAGCCACCAAUUAUUGGUGACGAGAGCGACGGUGACGAGGACACCGCAGUUGCCGUGGGAGCUCAAACCCAUGGUAGCAGUGGAACGCAGCAGUACCCUCGACACUUUACCACAUUGAACCUUGAAGCAAUGAACCCGGCCGCAAACUUAGAUCAGCAUCACCAGGUGAUUCACGGAGAAAGGCCUAGCGUGAUUGGCACGGACGAGUUUGAGGUUGGGCAAAGGUUUGAAACAAAAGAGGAAGCUGUACUGACAAUAAAGAGUUAUAAUAUUCAGCGGGGAGUAGAGUAUAAAGUGUUUGAGUCCGACCAGUUGAAGUAUCAUGGGAAGUGUGUCCAGUUCGGGAAUGGUUGUAAUUGGCUGAUCCGUGUCACUAUGAGACAGAGAAAAGGCUACUGGGAAGUUAGAAAGUACAAUGGACCACACUCGUGUCUAGCAACGGAGAUAUCGAUGGAUCACAGGCAGCUCGAUUACCAUGUCAUAUGUGCCUCGAUUUUAUCAUUGGUGAUGGCUGAUGCAUCGGUGUCGGUUAAGGUGUUACAGAAUGCGGUGUCAUCGAAGUUUGGGUUCAAGCCAAGCUACAGGAAGGUUUGGAUGGGCAAGCAGAAGGCAAUUGCGCAGAUAUAUGGAGAUUGGGAGGAGUCUUAUAACCACAUACCACGGUGGAUCAUGGGGGUUCAGUUGUAUAUGCCAGGUACGAUUGCGCUUUUGCGUACUUCGCCAGUGAGGAUAGGUAAUACCGUUGAUGCGUCAACGGUUUUCUUUCAUCGACUAUUUUGGACGUUUCCUCCAUGCAUUGAGGCAUUUAAGUAUUGCAAGCCACUUAUAUCCAUUGAUGGGACCCAUUUGUAUGGGAAGUAUGGCGGCACUCUGCUAAUGGCUAUUGCCCAAGAUGGAAACUCGAACAUUCUUCCAGUGGCUUUCGGGUUAGUUGAAGGCGAAAACACGGAUUCAUGGAAGUUUUUCCUCACUAAUCUCCGCCAGCAUGUCACACCUCAACCCGACAUUUUAGUCAUCUCUGAUCGGCACAAUGCCAUCAAGGCUGCCUUGCUUGCAGAGGACGGUGGAUGGCUCCCACAGUCGGCAUACCGGGCAUUUUGUGUGCGACACAUCGCGUCUAACUUCGCACUGUCAUACAAGUCUAAGGAAGCCCGGAGGAUUCUAGUGAAUGCCGCAUACGCAAAGACUGAGGAGGAUCACCGGUAUUACAUGGAUAUUUUGAGGAAGGAAGAUCCUGGGAUGGUUGAAUGGUGCGACAGGAUUGGGUUGGAGUUGUGGACCCAAUAUCGGGAUGGUGGUCGUCGAUAUGGUCAUAUGACGACUAACAUCUCUGAGUGUAUCAAUGCCGUGUUUAAAGGCACACGCAACCUCCCGGUGGGUUCAUUAGUUAAGUCAACAUAUGGGCGGUUGGCCGAACUCUUUGUGAGGAAAGGAAAGGAGGCCGAGUCUCAAGUCGGAGCAAAUCAAGAAUUCUGUCAGACCCUUGUGAAGGCGAUCGAGAGGAAUCUACAAGCCUCAAGGAAUAUGCGGGUGGAUCUAUAUGACAGGGGAAACUCUGAGUUUGUCGUUGAGGAACUUGCGCCGACCGCGGGUAGGAUUGCAAUGAGUGUGUGUCGGGUGUCUCUAUCCGCCCGCACAUGCGACUGUGGGAACUUUCAAGCACUCCACUAUCCGUGUCGUCAUGUGCUUGCCGCAUGUUCAUUUUGCAGACUGGAUUGGAGGACAUACGUUGAUGAUGUGUACCGCAUGAAGACCGUGUUCAAUGUUUACAAGAUGGGUUUCUCUCCGCCUAUCCACGAUGAUCUCUUACCCGUGUAUGAGGGACCUCGUGUCAUCCCCGAUCCUGGCAUGAUGCGGGCUGCAGUUGGAAGACCUCGGAGCACUAGGAUAAGGAAUAGUAUGGAUGAGGCGGAUCCGGAUAGACCCAAGAGAUGCGGACUGUGCAGGACCCCUGGUCAUACCAGAAGAAACUGUCCACAGCGCCCGGGAGCUUCUGGAUUGCACGAAGGUAGCAAUGCGUAG